UCGCUGCUGUCGUUUGGCGCAAGUAACCAGGUGAAAAUGACUAGUGACUACAAAGUUGCAAAGCUGCGCCUACUAUUAAUCACCGACGGGCGCUGACAGCUCCACACACACACACACACACACACAUAAGGGCGUUUCUACAAGAAUCAAAGGUCGUUGGACAGUGGACCUAGUUUGUAUCGUGUAGGCUAUUCCAGAUCCAGGUAUCUCGUUGUUCGUCGUUUCACGUGAACGCGCCGGUAGCUGAUGUCAUUGGAACAGGUGCGCGAAACCCAGGUUCACAACAGCCGCCUGCAUCGCGAGAGAUUUCACGGAUGCGAGUGUUUUGCUAUGGCGUUUCAUUCAUCAGCCGGUAUUACGAAGCGAUUUGAGGCUGUAUUCUUUUUAUGUGCCUGGAUAAAGUAGGCUGUCCAGCCUCGGCUGGUAGUUUAUUGCUAUUUCGGUGUCUUUUUCUCCUUGUUUGGAUCGUUUGAAGACGAUAUUUGGCGACACUUCUCAGUGAGAUCUACCAUAGAUUUGAAGGCAAUGAACAGUCUUUUUUACCUUCGUGUGAGCUCGUGAUUCAAUUCCGAUGAAUUUACGCGUUUUUUGACUGAACCAUCCAGGGAAUUUAUUUCAAGGACCGAGCAAUGCCGACUCCGAAGUUUUAAAACGUUUCUUUUUCACCAAGAUAUGGGAAUUAAGUCGCUUUGCUUUACUGCGCUCUAAACGCGUUUGCAUGAGGAAAUAACCUGUUUUUAUCAUUUUUAAAAAAAGACUCUUUUACGAAAGGGAUUCAUCAUGUCCAAGACGCUGAAAAAGAAGAAACAUUGGUCUAGUAAAGUGCAGGAAUGCGCCGUUUCGUGCGGUAACGCCGGGGAGCUCAGCGCCGUGCUGGAGAUACGCGGGGGAGCCGAGCACGGAGAGUUCCCGCAUCUGGGACAGGAGUUGUCGGACGCGUUAGUGUGCCAUGUCGGCAGGCUACCUGGUCCCGGAGAUGUGCUUCUGGAGGUGAACGGCACGCCUGUCAGCGGACUGACAAACCGAGACACCCUCGCCGUCAUCCGUCACUUUCGCGAACCCCUCCGUCUGAAGACCGUAAAGCCAGCACAGAUGUCGUCUGACUUCUCAGCCUCCCCCCUUCGCCCACUGUCCACCUCAUUUAGCGUCGGAUCUUAA